AUUCUUGGUUGAGCUUUUCAUUCACUUGAUCAUAGUACGCAGGUCGUUACUCACAGUCUUUUCGGAAUUUCCUUCUGUUUCAUACUCUGAUCAAGAUCGGCCUCUCUUUCCUUCUUUCUCAUACAAUCUUUGAUAUAGCCCAUGCCAACCGUGUUGCGAUAACCCUUAUACGCAAUCGGCUGCCGACAUGGCGGCUUUUCCUUUCUUAUCAGCAGCCUCUCUUGUGCUUCUUCAGCUGGCAUUACAAUGUUCGGCCCAACGUCUGAAUCUUACCGGGCCAUUCCACCUCACCAACCACACGUCCAGCCAGAACCUCACAGCUCACACACAGCUGCCUCUCAACCUCACCACCCACACCCCCGGUGAUGGCUGCGUCCACCUCCCCAUCAUCCACUCCACCAACGUCGACCACUUUGCCCGCCGCGGCAUCCAACUCGCUCUCAACAACCGGUCUGACGUAGCUUACUACGCCCAACUCGAAAUCGGCACCCCCCCACAAACAGUCUACACCCAACUCGACACGGGCUCCUUCGAGCUCUGGGUAAACCCGGACUGCGCCACCGUCUCCCCCUCCGACUCUUCCUUCUGCCAACACAUCGGGCACUACAACUCGUCUGCCUCCUCCACUGCCACCGCCCUCGGCACCAACAAAACCUUGCGUUAUGGCAUUGGCUCCGCCAACAUCGGGCAUUCAAGAAAUGGGGCCGCCGACGGGUUUUUUAAGUGCGUAUAAUAGAUAGAUAGACCUGGGUAAAAUAAAGCGUACCUAAUGCUACCUACUCUUAUCCCCGACA